UCAGACAAUGGACCCACUAACAACUCUGGAGGUGGGCCAAUUGAUGGACUCGUCAACGUCAUCUCUUCCAAAAGUUGUGGAUCUAGCGGUGCAACCGAGGAAGUCACUGCAUUGAGUGGUCCCAAUGGCCAUAUAAAUUUUCUGACCUGCGGCAUCAACGGGACCGGAUGGAACCCACCCUUGAUCAAUAUUAAGGGUAUCGUCACUGUUGACCUGUCGGCGGUCGCGUACCAAAAUGAUUCGGCAUUCGCAAACUGCCAGGACUUUGUCGCGACAUUUGAGCAUUAUGGUAGCCAGUAUGGAAUCCCUGCUAUUCUCCUUGCGUCUUUUGCCAUGCAGGAGAGUUCAUGUAUACCGAGCACCGUUGGUGGAGCUGGUGAGCAAGGUUUGAUGCAGCUCACCAGCGACAAAUGCGUUGGUGCUCCCAAUGGUGAUUGUAUGGACGUUGAUUUCAAUAUCGGUGCUGGCGCCAUGUUCUUCUCGCAACUGCUUGACGAAAAUGAUGGCAACCUUCUCUCCUCCAUUGGUCAUUACAACGGCUGGUUCCAGGGAAUGACUUAUGCGAAUGCAACUGCUGCCGCCCAUGGUGGCAACUGCAGGGAGCAAAACAACCUCGACUACUUGCACCAGUUCUUGAACGGUUGGUGCCAGAACAUCAACACCUAUGAGCACAACCCUCCUCUUGGCGAGUAUUUCAACCUGAAUGUCUGUAACUAA